GGCCCUUUAAACCCACGCGCGCUAAGGGCCGCCUCCUUCCCCCCCACCUCCUCCUCCUCGGCAGGCCCGGCGCGUGAGGCCCCGCUCGCGCUACAGAGUGGGGCGGAGUCAAGUCGGAGCCCAGGCUGUUGCUUCUGGCACCGGAGAAAGCCGGAGCAGCAGAGUUGAAGGGAGUAGGAGGGCAAAGCAGGCGGCGGCAGCAGCAGCGCGAGCGACCGGUGCCUUCUCGCGCGCGGGGUUUUCGGGCGCAACGCGGGACGUUCCGUGGCCGGGCCUCCCCCUUCGUCGCGCGGGGGCGAAUCUCCUUGCCGUGAAUGUUGGUUGCAGCGGCCGCCGCGAGCCCCUGCGGCAGGAGGAGACGGCUCCGCUCCCCUCCCCCCGCCGUUCCCAGCGCCGGGCAGCCAAGGGCACGCAGGCCUCUUGCAGUAACCGGGGCUCCCGGUUCCGUAGAAUUGGGGAAGCAGCUGCCCGGGUCUGAAGCAGCCGAAUUGCCGCGGCCGCUGGGUAAAACUGGAUUCACCAUCUGACUUUAAACAUUAAAAACUUGGUGUCUAAAAGAUGUGCCAUGGAAUGGUAGGAGCAAAGAGCACCACAACAUCGCUGCUUGCUUUGAUCAGUCAUGGGAUAUUUUUUCCAUUCUUUAUUUUCAGUUCCUGUAUGGUGGAAGGAUUGGACUCAUACUGUCCACAGCCAUCCAAACCUGAGAAUGGAGGUUACAAAUGUCAUCCAACACCUUGCAAAGACCCACUGACAUCUGACAGUGUCAUAGAGUAUUUCUGUGACAAAGGUUAUGUAUUGAAAGGAGAUUAUAAAUAUUUGACUUGCAAGAAUGGCAAGUGGAAUCCAGAACUGGAGGUUACCUGUAGACUUAGCCAAGAUAAAGGUUCUCCUCCAAGUGUAGGAGUACCCACCUUAUCCAUAGUGGCUACUACAGCAAGUUCAGUCGCUUUCAUCCUUCUCCUAGUUGUAUUGUUUGUUUUGCUACAACCAAAACUGAAGUCAUUUCAUCACAGCAGGCGUGAUCAAGGUGUUUCUGGGGACCAGGUUUCUAUUAUGGUGGAUGGAGUUCAGGUAGCUUUGCCAUCUUAUGAAGAAGCUGUCUAUGGCAGUGCUGGAAACUGCAUACCAUCCUCAGAUACACGGAUACAGAUCGUCCUUUCAGAAGGAGCUGGACAGAGCGAGGAAAGGGAAAUGCAACAGCCACCCCCAGACCAAGUGGGUCCCAGUGGUUUUAUUAGGGAGGAUGAAACCCCUGGACGCUCUGGAUUGUGUGAAGCUGGCAGCUCUCACCACUCAGAAACUGUUCUAGUGCAUCAGGCGACCACAUCUUCCUGGGUGGCUGGCACAUCUAGUAGUAAAUCUGGGCACAAAGAGACUUCAGACUCAGAAAACAGCGAUGUACAAAGCCUUUUAUCACUUGCUUCCUCAGAGGAAUACAUGGAUGAUAUUCCAUUGUUGAAAGAAGCAUGAGGGUUGCAACAGUCAUCAAGUCUACACUCUCUAGUUUCCUUUUUGGAAUGAUGAGCGCUUCGUGCUGGCUUUCCCUUCCCUGAAGUGCUGCACCCUGAAUAUUUCCAGAAAAUAUCCCUUAGUUGAAGAUCCAAAGGAUACCAUCAAGACACCACCUUCAGUACAUCAGUGGGGUGCACCGGUGCCAGCGAUCUUCUCCAUCUCAUUCUAUAAGCAUUAAAGGAGGGCUCUAGAGACUCAAGUUCCUCCAGCCUCUCCUCUUUCCCAGACAGAUGACUUUGAGUACAGUCUCUGGAGAGUUGCCAUUUACUUGUGCCUUGCUCCUUCUCACACUGGCUCGCUGCAAUUUCUCAUAGGCCUUGCUAGUUUCUGGAUGUCUCAGAAAGCAGGGUCAAACCACAGCUUGUUUUGUUUUGGUGCAGAUGGUUUUGUUCUAUUUAUUAACUACAUUACGAAGGCAAGAAGAAUGCCUUGAGAUGGCCUGAGUGGGAGGGAGCUUAUAAAAGUCACACAUACUGGUUGUAGACCUCAGGUGUUGAAAAUUGUAUAAUCCAUAAUGUAACUGCACAUCCACACAUGAAUACGCAGUGCUGGCUGUGUUAAAGGGAAUUGCUACUGGCCACUUUAGAAAAAUAGCUUAGGCUGCUACUUGUGCUUUGUUUUCCUCAAGGGUGAAGUGACUGUACCUCUCAUAUAUUUGCAUUCAUUCUUUUCUUUUUUCAUUCCACCACAUCCACUAGGACAUUCUUUAUCUCUUUGAACAUGCUGUCUGGCAUACAUUGAGGGCUGCAGAAAACUUUGAGAAAUUCCCUUGUAUGUAGCCAGAUUUAAGAGCACUUGCAUGGCUAAGCCCAUGGCCUCAUACUAUCAGCAAUACUGUGGCCGUAUUACAGCUGAUCCAAAGCCUUCCAUCUUUGAGUAUAUGAUUGGUUUAGUCUCUUUCAAAUAUCAGUAGAACAUCAGUUUGUUGCGUUUGAGUAGCAUUAUCACCUGUCACAUGCGUUUCUGUAUCAACUCACUAGAGUGGUUUUGGCAUUUCUACUUUAUUUUGUUGCUGUGGUUGAUUUCUGUCCUUGUGGAGGUAUUGCCAGGGCCUGCAUUUUCUUCAGCUAGCAACUGUUAAUUUAAAGUAUUGAUCAUGGUUAGCAAGUAUUUAGCUUUUGAAAUUGGUAUGUCCAAUUGCCUUGAAUGAAUUAGUGAUAGCCUGCCUUAAAAAAGAGCCAUGCUGCUGUUUGUUCAGAUGCAAGAUCCUCCCUUCCUCGACAUGCUUUAUUUUGGUGUGUGUGUGUUGCCUUCUGCAUGCUACUUCCACUUGGAAACUUCUUACUAUGCAGGGAACAUGCUUGUUUACCUCACGUCCUCUCGCACAAGUCUGCUUUUGCUCUUGUUUUUCUAGCUAUCUGUGAACGUUUCUUGAUGACAUUAUGGAAGUACUGAUUCAAUAGCUUUUCUUCAAGUGAACCUCCCAAAUCAAGACUUUUUGUGUGAUUUCCCAAAGAUUUGUACAACAGACGUAAGCAGCUUAAGUACCAGUUCUCCACCUUGUCCCAGCCCUGGGGACAUGCCAGCUGCAGGCAUAAAAAACUUGGAAUGGGAAAUAGCUUUUGCCUCUUUGGAUGGCCGCCCAUAAUCCCUGAUUUAAGGUGGCCUGCACAAGCUCAGAAUUAUGAAUAUUCCUGCGAAUAUUCCUGACAGAAAUUUAACAUUGAAAGCAAAUACUUAGAAAACCACAGCUUGCAUUUUAUCAAAUAAUAAAAGUAAAAUAUCUGACCUUUGUGAAUAUAUUCCUGCAAAUUUGUAGGGUAAUGUAUAUGACAAUCUUAAGGUGUAUAGUAGAAUUUGCUGUGGCAAUGUGACAAAACUUUAGAACUCUGCGUUUUUUUUUAUUCUUCAGGAUGUGCAGAAGUACUGAGUAAACCAAUAAUUUGCUUGCUUUUAAUAAUGUGACAGAGGCAAACAAUUCUGGAUUUUCCUGGGGCUUGAUACUGGUAUCAAUAUAUAUUGCAUUGCCUUUGAUUCUGCUCUCUUGUAAGUGAAUGGAUACAUAUCAAAUAUAUAUACAUACAUCUCAUUAAGUAGAAGAUGUUCCAGUAACAGUUAGAAAGCAAAUGUGAAGGAAGAGCCAGCCAUAACUAAUAUUAUACAGAUGUUAAUAAGACUGUGCAAAUCAUUUGAAAGAGCUGCAUCCAGUUACAAGUCUAUGUACAAAACACCUCUUCCUCAAUCAAACAAAAAUCUUUUUCCAAGUUUGUGCUGCCGUUUCCAGCUAUCUCUACCUGUUUUUCCCCAAUGGCUACUUUAGUGAAAAGAGGAGCUUUGAUUGAGAUCCCACAAAGUUAGAAGCACUUCUUUUGAAGGAGUUUUACUAUCCUAAUGGCUAGGGGCAUAUAAUUUCUUAAACCAAAUAACCACAAUAUUGUUUAUCAUGCUGUAUAGUCUAGCUAUUGUGGUUUAUAAAUGUUGGUGAAUGAUUUAUCAUGGUCUGUGAACACAGCCAAUUAACUUAUUCGGUAACAUUAAGUAACUCUGGCUUAGUUCAGUGGUAAAUAUUUUGGUUGAGAUGGAGAUGUUUCAAAGUAUAUAGAGUGACAUUUAUCUAAUACCAAUUUCUUUCUGGACUCAUAUGACUGGAUUAGCCUUGAAUAUGAAUCUUCUUUCUCACUCAGCUGUGCAGUUUUUAAACCAUUGCAUUUUAUAUAAGAACUCUGAAAUAAUGUAUUUUCAUUCCAUCAAACAAAAUUUACAAUCCUGUGUUUCCAUUCAAAAGAAUGGUUUUGGUGGAGCAGAUCAUAUUGUUAGCUUGGAUGCUAAUGGGAAUUAUGCAAGGAAGGCAUGAAAGCACUAGCAUCCUCCCUUUUUAAUAUGUAGCCAGCAUGUUCUGUGUACUGCAUCUGUAUUCUCUGGAAACCUUUAGUAUAGAUAAUCUUUAUAAAGAUUUGGGUCUUAAUAUUUUACCUGAAUAAUUUAUAGCUGGAUUUUGUGGUUUUUUCAGGGCAAGAAAUAGCUUUCCUUUGUAGAAAACUGAAUUUUGAAGAUAAAUAAAAAUGCCAUCUUCAAAAUUGUAAGUUUCUUUUCCCUUUAAAAUCUAAUAUUCUCAGGUUCUUGAUCUGAUUGGCAAAUUCAUAUAAAGCAAAGAUACCAAUAGUUGUUAAGUAUAUGCUGAGGGUAUCUGCUUAAGAUGUAAAUGAAUAGAAUAUUUUUUUAAUUGACAUGAAAGUUCUUGACGCAUCAAAGACCAUUAAGUAGUUGGAAGGGCUGCUACUCCAAUACUGUGUAGUUCUUAGGUGCCUAAUUGUUCAUUUAACUUUUUGCAGCCUUUUAUAGGGAGAACUAGAUGCUGCAAGAGCACACUUUGUGCCUUGCAGGAAUAAAAUGUGGUUCUGGUUUUUAAAAUGUAAGCCUUUUCUGAAACUUAAGUCUCCUGGUUAAUCUUGUUCUUCUGAUGAAUGAAUGCUUGCCAUUCCAUCCCCCCAUUUUAUUACAAAUCCUGGUUGGUAGAUGAACCCAUGAAACUGCCUUAAAGUGACUUAGAUUGGUCUGUCUAGUUCAUUGGUGUUUGGUUUUUUGUUAUUACGGAGGGUUUUUUUUUUCAUUCCAGUAGAUAUCAUUGGAAUGAGUUGGUGAACAUAUGGAUCUUAUGUCAACUGUAGAAAUUAACCAUAGGACCUUUUUUCUCUUCCACUGAGAAAAGUUAUUUCCUUAUUCUUCCACCCAAUACAUCCUAAAAACAAUACAUUUAACUUAAAACGCAGUGCUGCUUUUCUGUGGUAAAUACGUAUCAAGUGGAUUGAUGCACACUAUAGAAAGCUGCCAUUUAACGAGGAUGUGAGGCCUAAGCACUCCAUUUUUCUCAUAUAUUAAUGAUCAGUAUAAUAUCAGUAUCUUAAAACAGCUGCCAUUCUUACUACCAUUGCAAGACUAGAUCUGUAGAGGACACAUCUUUCCCAGCAUUUCCUCCUUUGAAGGAAAAGCUGAAGCUUGAGAAUCCAUACCUGUUAAAAUAAACAGGACUAUCAAGUUCCUUUUUUAUUUUCUUGCCCUGGUUUUUGAAGUUUCGUAUAAAAUAAGAAGUUGGGGAAGAAGUUUGAUUGAGAAUGAAUUGGCUUUUGUGUUUUAAUAUUUUAAAAACUGCACAAUAAUACAAAAAAUAUACAGGUAAUCCUCAAGUUACAAAUGUAAUAAAGCCUGCCAAUUACAUUCAUAAUCUGAGGAUUCUUUAAUUGUAUCAUGUUAAAUGAAUGAUCCCCCUCUGCUUUCCCCAAUGUAUUUGUUAAUCAAAUGCACAGGUUGUUAAGUGCACAUGAGGUAUCUCAGGUUGAGGAAGACCCAUGGGGGUGGGGGAUAGUGCUGGAACAGGCCAUCCAAGGCAUCCCCAUACCCACUGAGAUAUCUCAUACUUCGCUUGCAAUCCCUUGGGGUCCCCAUAGUUCCUUGGCCCUUUUCCGCACCAACCCUGUAUCACCAAUCGCUCACUUGCCUUUCGAAAAUAUUCAGAGUUCCAGAACAGGCUGACCCACAUGACAGAAAAGUGGCCAUCUUUUUCUCAGAUGCUUCUUUUCCUUAGAUCUUGCAUUCUUAACACAUGUUUUUGCGUUUAGAAUGAAAUCGUCUCUAAGAACGUGAGAUCUAAGGAAAACAGGUUCAUCAGUGUCUGAGUAAAAGAUGGCCACUUUUCUGCCACGAGGCCACCAUCAUUUGGUCCCAUCCUGGGCAGUGCCACGGGUGCUGCUGGGUGGCAUGAGUGGCUUCGGGGAUUGGGGUGCGAAAGCAGCAGCAGCCAAUCAACAUGGGGCAUUUUUUACACUGUUUUGACUAGAGGAAAAGGCAGGAACCGCUUGGGGGGAUUAUGGUGGAAAUUCAGCAGAUGUCGUCAAUCAACACAGGGCAUUUUUUGCAGUGUUUUGGCUGGAGGAAGAGGCAGGACCACUUUGCAGUUGGGCAGCUGGCUGGGGCAGCAGCGGGAAAUCCGAGCUGAAGCCGGGGACACCCGAGCCCCUCUCAGUGAGCCAGUCAUUGUAGCUGGUGGGUGCCAUGCCUGAGAGUCCCAUGCUUGCUCAGGUCCUGCAGUGCUUUGGGUGCCAAAGCCUGAGGCAUACUCUCUGACAGCGGCGAAUGGGCAUACCAAGCUCUCCAUCUCUCUGUCUCCACGGUGGCAAUUGGUGAGGUCCACAUGGGUUGGGGAGGAGCAGUGGGCUAGCAAAGCAGGCCUAGUGUCUGUGGAGAUCCAGUGAGGCAGGAUGAGUGGGGAGGAAAAAACCUGAAGAACAUUGGAUGCUUAAGGGCAGGCUGCAUUCUUCUGAGUCCUCUUCCCAGAAAACUUUUUUUUUUAAAUACUGGACCACUUUUUAAUGAUUCAGAUUUAGUUAUUUUAAGUAAAUAAAUUAUAAUAAUCACUUCCUGCUAUUUGUGACAGAUGUGAGGGGUCUGUAAGUCCAUUUUCUGAUUAAAAUGUCACAUCAGUGUCAGCAGCCCUCAGACACUGGAUAGAUGGGCAGCUAGGACUGCAGCUUGAAAAAUCUUGCACAAUCUAUUAGUAGUUUCCACUUCCUUGCUACAAAAUGCCUUUUUAAAAAAAAAGUCUCCAGGAAUCUCAGUACUAUUUCAGUUUUCUUCUUUUUCUGCUACCUGUAAUGUUUACUCAUUUCAAGUAUAUUAACACAAGAAUAACCAUGAUACUAAUUAAAACAUUUACAAGGUGUGUGUGUAUGGAAAGCAGUUCCAGAACCAAAGAUGUUUUUGUUAAUUGUGCUAGGUUGAGUAAUAGUGCAUACACAACUGUGAUAUGUAAUCCUUAUAUCCUCAUUAUUGUGAGGUGAGUGUGUCGAUAGAGUGCAAAAAAAAAUAGUACUACUGUGUCCUCGCAUUGUUUUCAAAUAUAAUGUAUCCAUACAGUUUUUAGACAUUGCUUAGAAACAUAGAAACAGGCCAUGUGUCACAUCUAACUCAUACUUUACAUGACAGAUCAUAACUGGAUUUGCAAUAAUUAUUGCAUUGUAUGCCAGUAAACACACAGACAUAAACUUAUCAUCUGUGGUCAACCUCAGGUCCCAGGGCUUGUGUUCUGCAAAUCCCCGAGAAGUACAUGGCAUUUUCUUAACAUUUUAAUCUUAACUACUGCAUACAGUAGAUGCAAUUGCAAUGCUGUGAAUCAGGUUUCAGUUUCCAUUAUUACUCAUGUAUAUCACACACACUCCCAAAAAGAGCAACGUGCUUUUAAGGGGCAAGUUGGAAAUCACUAAUUUGGCACAUCACACCGCAUUUGGUGGUAUUUUAUGGAUUUCAAACUCAUCUCUGCUUUGUUUCCUAGAUGCUUUAUAAUUGUUUUUUGAACUUAAUCCCUUCUUUCGUGUUAUUAGGAUUCCAGAGGAAAUACCAUUGGAUAAUGGAAAAACCUCUGUGCUAAUGUAAAUUAUUUUUCCAGCUGGUGAGCUAAGGAGCAUGGCAGUCAAUUUCUGCUAGAAAUUUGACUGUUACGCUUAAUUUUUCAUGAAAGCUCAGACCAAACAUCCUGUUAGAACAAACAUUCAGGCAGACAUUUACACCAUAAUGCAGAUGACAGGCUGCAGGUAGCUGGAGAUACAAAAGAGGAAAACCUGGUUGCCUUCAGUGCUUUUAUUUGUAAUCUGAACUGCAUCACUAAGGAAUUUAUUGGAAUUUAUUGGAAUUUAUUUACAGAAUGGUACUCGUAUAUAUAUAUCUAUAUCUAUAUAUAUAUAUGGGAUUUUAAAGAUUCUAUAAUGCUGUGCAGGAUGGAUCUAUAUAUACGUGUGUGUAUGGGUAUGUGUGUGGGUAUGUAGAUAGAUGAUAGAUAGAUAGAUAGAUAGAUAGAUAGAUAGAUAGAUAGAUAGAUAGAUAUAGAUAUAGAUAUAGAUAUAGAUAUAUAUAGAUCCAUCCCAUACAUUGCAGUGGGUGUGAUGAUAGUAUUUUAAUAUUUGUACAAAAUUUAAUUUAAUUUCAAUUCUAUGUAUAUAACUGCAUUUCUAAAUUAAAAUACCUUUUGAAGUCA